UUGGCGUGAACUUGCUAAAGCAAGGUAUGCCCAUGACAACCUGUAAGUAGUUCUGAAAACAGGUAGGCCUUGAGGUACUGGUCGGUGGCUUACAGAAAAUUGCCACUUCAUAAGAUUAGGAGUGAAAUUAUUAGUUCAGUUGAUGUUGAUAUUGAACAAUUCCAUUUUGUGUCUGAAGUGCUCUAAGGAUGGCUGGCCCAGUGAGAGGCAGGACAAGUGCAUCAAGAAACUAACAGAGUUCCUUUCAUAUGAAGAACCAUUAGGCUCAAUAUUAACUGCAGUUUCCAUAUUUCUAGCAAUUGCCACUGCCGUCAUCCUAACAAUUCUUUUAAAGAACCAUCACACCCCUGUUGUCAAAGCAAACAAUAGGGAAAUUAGUUAUGUGCUUUUAUUCAGUCUUGUUCUGUGCUUCCUGUGUUCAUUAAUUUUCAUAGGCUACCCUGCUCAUAUGACAUGUGUAUUUCGUCAAGUCACUUUCGGUAUUAUUUUCACAUGUUCUGUCUCUUGUGUUUUAGCUAAAACCAUUGUGGUAGUUAUUGCCUUUAAUGCUUGCAAACCAAACAGCAGUCUACAGAAAUAUGCAGGACCCAGUCUACCAAGACUUGUAAUCAUACUAAAUAUGGCUGUUCAAAUUUUAAUAUGUGUUUCUUGGCUGAUUAUUUCUCCUCCAUAUCAGUAUGAAAAUACAGCUUCUGUAAUAGGGAGGAUCAUUAUCGAAUGUAAUGAAGGCUCAUCUGUUGCAUUUUGGUGUAUGCUAUCAUAUAUAGGCCUUUUAUCCACUAUAAGCCUUGUAGUCGCAUUUCUGUCAAGGAAGAUCCCAGACAGCUUUAAUGAAGCUAAAUUUAUUACUUUCAGUAUGUUGGUAUUUGUUAGUGUAUGGAUGUCAUUUAUACCAGCAUAUCUGAGCACGCAAGGGAAGUAUGUGGUAGCUGUGGAAAUAUUCGCCAUUAUAUCCUCUGGAGCUGGUCUGAUGUUUUGCAUAUUCAUUCCUAAGUGCUACAUUAUUCUACUUAGACCAGAAAUGAACACCAGAGACUACCUGUUGGGGAAGGGGGUGUUUAAGAAUGGGAACGUUUAAUUCAAGCAUUUGUAAGCAAUAGCUGAAAUAUAGAAAGAGAAAUUAGCCUACAUUUUUUUGUUAGUUAAUUCCUAAAACUGCAUUCAGGCACAAGAGAACUUGCCUU